GUUGUCUGCCGGCCCUAGAACUACAACUCCCAGCAUUCUCGCGGAGCCAGAACUACUUUUCCCGAAAGCCUGAGCGCGAGUCCGCCCCCCUCGCCCUCUUCGCGGUGACGGCAGGUAGAAACGAUGUGGAGUCGCGGGUUCGCGAGGCUCCUGGCUUGUGAGGGCAGCAGCGGGCGCUGGCGACUCCCGGCCCCCGGGGGGCGUCUCUCUCAGGCGAUGCGGAGAGACUUCUUAACUACCACAACCAAAGAAGGAUAUGAUAUGAGGCGAGUGGACAUAAUUCCUUUAGAACAAAGGAAAUUGACUUUUGAUACCCAUGUAUUGGUUCAGGACUUGGAAACCCAUGGAUUUGACAAAGCCCAAGCAGAAACAAUUGUAUCAACAUUAACUGCUCUGUCGAAUGUCAGCCUAGAUACUAUUUAUAAGGAGAUGGUUACCCGGGCUCAACAGGAAAUCACAGUACAACAGCUGAUGGCACAUUUGGACUCCAUCAGAAAAGACAUGGUUAUCCUAGAGAAAAGUGAAUUUGCAAACCUGAGAGCAGAGAAUGAGAAAAUGAAAAUUGAAUUAGAACACGUUAAGCAACAACUAAUCAAUGAAACCAGUCGAAUCAGAGCAGAUAAUAAACUGGACAUCAACCUAGAAAGGAGCAGAGUAACAGAUAUGUUUACAGAUCAAGAAAAGAAACUUAUGGAAGCAACCACAGAAUUUACGAGAAAUGAUACCAAAACCAAAAGUAUUAUUUCAGAAACUGGUAAUAAAAUUGAUACUGAAAUUGCUUCUUUAAAAACACUGAUGGAAUCUAACAAGCUUGAAACAAUUCGUUAUCUUGCAGCAUCAGUGUUUACUUGCUUGGCAAUAGCAUUGGGAUUUUAUAGAAUCUGGAAGUAGCAUUGAAAUUACACUACUACCACAUGUUGUUAGCGUCUUAAACAUUAUGUCUGAAGGUAAAGUACAUAUGGAUUGUGGGGCCACCAAGCAGAAAACAUGCCUGUUUAUGAGGUCCUGGGUUCCAGUCUAGGCACCACACAGGAGCACCAUGGACUGGAAGAAUGCUAUUGUGGCAUCUCCCUCUCAGAAAUAAAAAAAUUAAUAGAAGAAUAAAAACUCAGGCCGGGGAGACCACUCAGAAUUGUUGUGUAGGUGCAAGGCCCUGGAUUCAUCCCUGGCACUGCAUUUUGUUAAGUACUUGCGAACUGGGGAAAAAAUGUUUUAGAAUGGGGUGAUGUAUUUUUGUCUUCAUUUUAUUAUAUUAGAAAGUUCAAAACCUGACUAAUGAGACAGAAGGGUCUGUCUUCUUGAUAGUCCUUGGAUACUGAGUGAGAAUUUUCUUGUGUUAGCUUGAACAGCUGUGUAAUUUAUAUAGAAUUUUUGUUAUUUGCUGCAUUUGAAAAUUGUUUCCAAGACUACAUAUUUGUUACUGCACUCAACUUUACUGAUAAUUAUUGCACAACUAUAUUGUCAUAGAAAAUACUAAUAAAGUUGUUUGGAAUUUUAAA